AUGCUGGCUUCGUUAUUGACGGCCUUGACGGCGGGGACUGCUAUUGCCGCGGCGCUACACGUCGUAGAAAACCAGACGUACAUCACUCUCACCAAUGAUCGCUUCACGGCUGUUCUGAAGAAGAACGUCGGCCAGAUCGUCGAUCUCACGCUGGAUGGCCAGGACUUACUGGGUGCUCAGUCUGGAUCCACCGGGAUAGGGCCCUAUCUUGACUGUUACUGUAUCCCUUCGGGCUUCUACACAGCUGGUGCCACAUCUCCAAGCAUGGAGGUAGUCCAGGGUACAGAUUCAACUGGAACCAAAUAUGCCGGCAUGAUUUUGAGUGACACGUACACUCCGACGGGCCAAGUGUUUCAACAGUACUGGUUCCUACGCGAUGGCGAGACAGGUUUGCACACGUUCAGUCGUUUAGCCUAUCACAAUGAAACCACACCUUACCUUCGCAACUUGCAGGAGUUCCGAACGUUGUUUCGUCCAAAUAGUGAUCUCUGGACGCAUCUAACAUCUAGUGAGAUCCAGACCGCACCAUUACCAAGCAAGGUCGCCAUUUCGAAGCAGAUUGUUGUUCAAGAUGCAACCUGGACAUUCAACAACACGCCAAGUGAUGCGUACUUCUCCCAGUUCUCUGAUUACUUUACUAAAUAUUCAUUUUCAACCCAAUGGAGAAAUAGUAGCGUGCACGGCCUCUAUGCUGACGGUAGUACCUCAAAUGGAGCAACGUAUGGAGCAUGGCUAGUGAUGAAUACCAAGGUUGGUCACAUUGCACCAAUCUCCACUAAGAUUGAGUCCCAUCUAACGAGGUUAUUCAAGGAUACAUAUUAUGGGGGCCCCCUCCACUCUGAUUUGACAGUGGACGGUAUUGUUUAUAAUUAUCUCGUAUCAAACCAUCAUGGAGAGGGCACGCCGAACAUCACAAAUGGAUUCGAUCGAACCUUUGGUCCGCAAUUUUACCUUUUCAACGGCGGCAAGGGCUCGGCAUCUCUCCAGGAACUGAGAUCGGAGGCAGAAGAAAUAGCAAAUCCUCACUGGAACGCUGCAUUCUACGAUUCUAUAGCAAAGCAUGUUGUCGGAUAUGCUCCCUCGAGCCAUCGAGGCAGUGUCAAGGGAACUGUGAAACUCCCCAAGGGCGCCGUUCGCCCAAUUGCCGUUCUCACGGUCGACGGUCAAUACUUUCAGGAUAAUAGUGUCGUCCCAAGCUCCUAUCAGUACUGGACUGAUAUCAAUCAGGAUGGAAGUUUCAGCAUUGGCCAGGUUAAAGAAGGAAAAUACCGACUCACUGUCUACGCAGAGGGCAUUUUUGGUGACUUUGUGCGCGAUGGAAUCACCAUUCAUGCAGGAAGGCAGACUGCAAUUGAUGAUUUUUGGAAGCAAGAGUCGGCUGGAACCGAGGUUUGGCGAAUUGGGAUUCCUGACAAGUCGUCGGGAGAGUUCAGACGAGGCAAUGCGAGGGAUCCAACCCAUCCGCUCCAUCCUCCCGAAUAUCUGAUCUAUUGGGGAGCUUAUGAUUGGCGUGCAGAUUUCCCUGAUGGCAUCAACUACACUGUCGGUACUAGUGACCCUGCGACUGAUCUUAACUCUGCCCAUUGGUCGGUCUUCGGGCCGACGGCAAAGGAUUGCCACGUCGAGUAUGACACAACCCACGACUGGAACAUCCACUUCGAACUCAACUCGAAGCAAUUGGACGGUCGUAAAACAGCAACAUUGACCUUACAAUUAGCAGCCGCAAAGACUGCAGCAGGCAACACGGAUGUGUGGAAUCCCGUUGAGCCAUACAACAAUUUGUCUUUGGAAAGUUACAUCAACAACCAGACAGAUCCCCUGACUCUAAGAAUUGGGUUCAACCAAUCAAGCAGCUGCAUUGUGCGGUCUGCAGUGAGCUGCUACCAGGUUGGAUCAAGAAUGGAGUUCCCGGUGGAUUGGUUACAUGUCGGAGAUAACGUGUUGCGAUUGCAUUUACCUUUCAACGCAACGGAUACAGAGACUGCCAUUCUCCCGGUCACUGUUUAUGUGCAAUAUGAUGCCAUCCGGCUAGAGCUAAAGUAG